GGUUGGGGACUGGAAAGCUCUCGUGGUGCUACAAUUUUAGUGCUUGUUUCAAAUCUUCCACUGCCUACCCAACUAAGUUAUUUGGCGCAAACCGCCCCAUCUUAUAUUUAUUCUUGGAAAAUAAUAGAAUAAGAGUGGAAUAGCCUUGUGAUUCUAUAGUGUGAGCAGGAAAACGGAAAAAAAAAUGUAUUCCAGCGGAGCAGCUGGUGGUGGUGGUGGUGGUGGUGGAUCGCCCCCUCCACCGGUGACAGAAUAUGUGUUCAAACCCCCACAGCGACCGGACUUUGGCACCAUGGGCAGGUCCAUCAAGCUCCAGGCUAAUUUCUUCGAGAUGGAAAUACCAAAGCUUGACGUGUACCAUUAUGACAUAGAUAUCAAGCCUGAGAAAUGUCCACGCAGAGUUAACAGAGAAAUCGUAGAGCACAUGGUCCAGCACUUUAAAACCCAGAUCUUUGGGGAUCGAAAGCCAGUGUAUGACGGGAGGAAGAACCUCUACACAGCCAUGCCCCUGCCAAUCGGGAGGGAUAAGGUGGAGUUGGAAGUGACCAUCCCAGGGGAGGGAAAGGACAGGAGCUUCAAGGUGGCCAUAAAGUGGAUUUCUUGUGUCAGUCUGCAAGCCCUCCAUGAAGCGCUCGCGGGCCGCGUGCCAAACGUUCCCUUCGAGACGAUUCAGGCCCUGGAUGUCAUCAUGAGACAUUUGCCCUCUAUGCGGUACACGCCAGUCGGUCGGUCCUUUUUCACCCCAUCGGAAGGCUGCUCCAAUCCUCUUGGAGGAGGCAGGGAAGUCUGGUUUGGAUUUCACCAAUCUGUCAGACCUUCCCUCUGGAAAAUGAUGCUCAACAUUGAUGUGUCAGCCACGGCAUUUUACAAAGCACAGCCGGUGAUUGAAUUCAUGUGUGAGGUUUUGGAUUUCAAAAGCAUUGAAGAACAACAGAAGCCCUUAACAGAUUCCCAAAGAGUGAAGUUUACCAAGGAAAUCAAAGGUCUGAAAGUGGAGAUCACACACUGUGGCCAAAUGAAAAGGAAAUACAGAGUGUGUAAUGUUACCAGGAGGCCGGCUGGCCACCAGACGUUUCCUCUUCAGCAGGAGAACGGACAGACCAUUGAAUGCACGGUAGCACAAUAUUUCAAAGACAAGUACAAACUCGUGCUCCGGUACUCGCACCUGCCCUGCUUACAGGUCGGCCAGGAGCAGAAACACACCUAUCUACCGCUUGAGGUGUGUAACAUAGUGGCAGGACAGCGAUGCAUAAAGAAGCUGACAGACAAUCAGACCUCCACUAUGAUCCGUGCUACAGCCAGGUCUGCCCCUGACCGACAGGACGAGAUCAGCAAGCUGAUGAGGAGUGCCAACUUCAACGAUGACCCUUACGUCCGUGAGUUUGGAGUCUUGGUGAGAGACGAGAUGACAGAAGUGAACGGUCGCGUCCUUCAGGCACCGUCCAUACUCUAUGGCGGACGGAACAAAGCGAUAGCUACUCCAAUUCAGGGAGUCUGGGACAUGAGAAACAAGCAAUUCCAUACUGGGAUUGAAAUCAAAGUCUGGGCGAUAGCCUGUUUCGCUCCUCAGCGCCAGUGCACUGAAUUGCUACUGAAGGCGUUCACAGACCAGCUACGGAAGAUCUCGCGUGAUGCGGGAAUGCCCAUCCAGGGCCAGCCCUGCUUCUGCAAGUACGCCCAGGGUGCAGACAGCGUCGAACCUAUGUUCAAGCACCUGAAGUACACCUACCAAGGCUUGCAGUUGGUGGUGGUCAUCCUCCCUGGGAAGACACCUGUCUACGCUGAGGUGAAGCGCGUGGGGGAUACUGUACUGGGCAUGGCCACGCAGUGCGUCCAGGUGAAGAAUGUGCAGAAGACCACGCCGCAGACCCUGUCCAACCUCUGCCUAAAGAUCAACGUUAAACUAGGUGGAGUCAACAACAUCCUGCUGCCUCAGGGCAGGCCUUUGGUGUUCCAACAGCCUGUGAUUUUCCUGGGUGCAGAUGUGACUCACCCACCGGCAGGUGAUGGGAAGAAACCCUCCAUCGCAGCGGUGGUCGGCAGCAUGGACGCCCACCCCAGCCGCUACUGCGCCACCGUACGUGUCCAGCAGCAUCGGCAGGACAUCAUCCAGGACCUGGCCGCCAUGGUGAGGGAGCUUCUCAUCCAGUUCUACAAGUCCACGCGCUUCAAACCCACACGGAUUAUCUAUUACCGCGACGGUAUCUCCGAAGGCCAGUUCAACCAGGUGCUACAGCACGAGCUGCUGGCUAUCCGUGAGGCUUGCAUCAAACUCGAGAAGGACUACCAGCCAGGCAUCACCUUUGUGGUCGUGCAAAAGCGUCACCAUACCCGGCUCUUCUGUAUGGACCGGAACGAGAGGGUGGGUAAAAGUGGGAAUAUUCCCGCGGGCACCACUGUGGACACCAAAAUCACCCACCCUUCCGAGUUCGAUUUCUACUUGUGCAGCCAUGCAGGCAUUCAGGGAACCAGCCGACCCUCCCAUUACCAUGUGCUGUGGGAUGACAACCAUUUCACGUCGGACGAGCUCCAGGUCCUCACGUACCAGCUGUGCCACACCUACGUGCGCUGCACACGCUCCGUGUCCAUCCCUGCACCCGCAUACUAUGCCCACCUGGUGGCCUUCCGAGCCCGUUAUCACCUGGUGGACAAGGAGCAUGACAGUGCUGAAGGCAGCCACACCUCAGGGCAAAGCAAUGGGCGGGACCAGCAGGCCCUGGCCAAAGCGGUGCAGAUCCACCAGGACACCCUGCGAACCAUGUACUUUGCCUGACCGGAAGAAGGGGGCGCUGACGUUCCAGGCGAGGUCGAGCUCACAGCUGAAAUGGGCCUACAGGGUGGAUCCGUAGGUGCGUUCUUACCUGUGGUGUGGUCUCCAUUGGUGUUCGUGAAGUAUCCCACAAUGCACCUUGACAAACUUUUUACCCUAUGUCCCAAAUGUACAACAAAGUUAGUCUCCUCCUAAGUGUAAAACUGAAAAUUUGUGUAAAUCAGCCAGUUCUUUUCUAUGUGUUCAGAUGUGUAUAUACAUGUACAUUUUUAGAAAGUUUGCUUACAUAGUCUCCUAACAUAGUUGUAAUUCAUUUUUUAUGUCAAAGUAAAGGUGGGAUCUGUAGGGGUUGAUGCAAAUUUAUUAGAGUCUCUUCUGACUCACUGCAUUUUUCAUAUGGAUUGUAUAUUGGGGGGCAUAGAAGGUGAGGGAACAGGGCUUGUUUGAAGUGAGCUGGGCUCUUUCUGUACUCCUAACUUCACACAUCAGGACUGUUUAUGAGCCAAGCCUUGGGAUGGGGCCUGGCUGUUGAAGGGUACUUUUUGGGCACAGGAGUACUUAACAUGCUCUCUCUGUACUGCUCUGUGAGUUUCACCUGGACUGUGCAUCGUGAAAGCCGUUGGCCCAUUCAUUCCUGUCUGAGGGAGCCCCCCGGGCUGUCAUUUGAAAAGUGGGACUGGCUCCCAUCACAGAAACCUUGUUGACGUCUUAUGACCAGAGCUGCAAUGCAGGGUAGGUGUCUAUUGUGGAGGCAAAAUUGAGCUUUGGGGAAACUAAAAAAGACACAUGCACUGCUUGUAAAUCUUUCAGUUGAUUUUAAAAUACUGCCUUUUUCAGACUUCAUUUAGUGUCAUUGUCACAGGUGCAAUUAAGAUGUAGAUCUCUGGCACUUUAAAAGAAGAGGAAGCUAUAAUUUGAGCCUUGCUAAAAGUCCCUAUAACAGCAUCAUCAUGUCAAAGAAGGACGGAGUUUCUGUGGGUAGCGGGUGUACUUUUUUCCUUUUAAUAUUACUGCAUUAUUACUGUGAUGCCAAAUUUCGCAGCAGUCUUAGUGAACUUAAGAAAUGCUCGCAAAAAAAUAACAGCGGGAACAUGUAAGUUAUGUUUUCUUGAUAUAACGGCAGAGCUCCUGUCCCAAGACAGGGUUUGACAUGGAAGGUUUGGUCAUGCUUUUUGAAGGGUAUCAUCACAUGAUCUAGUUACCUGAACUCAGUCCAGCAUGGAUUUCUAGCACAUGGAAGGAGUACGGAACUUUUAUCAACUUAAUAAUGGCCCUUGAUAAACUAUUGAAAAUCGGGAAUCAUAAUCGCAGAAACAAUCUUUUGCAUAUUCAGCUUUUACUAAAGUGUAAAUUUUUGAAACGUUACUGUAAGUGCGACCCGCCCCCUCAUCUCCAUGCACUAUUAUCCAUUUGUAAGCCUGGGGGUUCUGAUGGCUCACUUGAUGAAUUUUAUGGUAUUAAUGCUUUUUCUAACUAUGCAUCAUUUUAAAGCAGAGUGAUCUAGCAUCUUAUAAGAUGGACUUGUAGCUGUUUGUUUAGAUGAUUUGUACUGUAGGUUUUUACUUUUAGUGCUAUGCAUACCAUAUGUUCAUUUCAUUUCCCAGUUUGUUUCCUGUGCUUAACGCAAUCCCAGCAUCAUCCUUAUCAGCUCGGCGUUCGUUGAAUAAUUUCUGAAUGCUUAGCGUAAAACGUGCAUCUUUUCGCCGAAGGGUGUGGCUGAAUGUUUGACUUGUGAUACUUGAGGUCAAUAGAGAAUCACAUCUGGCUGAUUGAAACGUAGGUGCUACUUUGGCGUGGUGAGGAUGUGUAGUUGAGCUUUUUUGGCCCUUAACUGUACUGAUACCAGAAGACCUCGGAAUUCAUAUGCAUUUGAAGGACAUGAUAGGCAGAGUAAUGAUAAAGUAUCAAAGCCUUUCUUAAGUCUUUUGUUAGUAAUGUUUUACUAUUAAUCUGCAUAACCUGAAAUAGCUUGCUCUAUGUUUGGGGCAUUUCUGAAAAUAAGUACUUGAUUUCACAAACUUUUUUUAAAAUAAAUAAUUUAUUUCUUUUCUCCAGUCUGCCGAGCGUUUUAUGUAGAUGUGCUUUGAGUGAUCCAAGACUAGGGGCAGAAACGUCAGUUCUGGAAAGGCUUGUUCGUGGCAGUGUAAUUGUGUGAAAGUGGCUUUGCACUACCUCUUGUUACCUGUUCAGAUGUAAUGGUAACAUUUACAGCCAGGUCAUUUAUGCAUAAUUACAUCAUGUAUACAGAAGGGUGAAAGUAAACAUGGUCCUCUGAGCAUGCUGGCUGUGACAUGUUAUUUCUGCCAGCAUUCUGGGCCAGUCCAAACCAUUCCUCACCAGCGUGGAAAACCCACUUAGAGCGGAAAGCACAAAAUUGUAAUCUCUAAGCUGGCUCCCUGUGUUAUUUGGGCUUGAUGGAUCAGUAAAGAACAGACUCAAUGAGAGCAGGGUUGGUUUGGUGCAUAGAAAAAUGUUGAGGCCCAAAGGUCAUGCAGAUAUGCAAAGUGAUCAGAUUUUAAGUGGGGACUGCUGAUUUUUGUAGAUGUUUUGGUCCAGAACGUUGCAUGCAGUGUCUCGAAAUAUUUUUUAACUCAUAGGCCGUUGUUCACCCCUGAAUUCAAGUGGAAAAACCGGUACCCUUCAACAGUAAUAUACAGUAAUAUUUGCUUUUAAAGUUCAACACAGAUCAUGCCUUUUUAAAAUGUACAUUCUGGUAUCUAGCUGUAUCUUCCUGUGAGGCUGUAAAACCAAUGAGUUUUUUUAUUUUUCCUAGUUUUAAACUUGUGUACCCAAAAAGAAACCUGGAAACUUGCAAACCCAUGUGAAUGCAUGUAUGGUGUUUACAUGUCUGGUGGAACGGGCCGUUCCUAUUUCUGUGUGAACACUAGAUUGGUUUGAUGCUGUUAGGGGGUUGCUUUCUAAACAAUUGUUAAAACCUCACUAUUUUUCUUUAGAUUUUUUUUUCAUGCAUUUCAUUUUUUGUCCACAUUAGUCUGGAAGUGAUUAUUUUUCUAAUUUGUGAAGAGAUUUGUUGGUGCUUGUGAUUAGCAGUUGUUGUUGCAAAAAUAAAACUUAGCUGACAGUGUACUUUUUUUUUUUUUAUAAGAUAUUUUACUAUUUGCUAGUGUUGUUUUUAACUUACUCCUGCACCUUAGAUUAUUAGAUCUGUACAGUUUAUAUAGAAAUCAUGAACUGAAUUGUGUGAUUUGCACUAUAAUAAAUGAACCGUGUAGAUAUUGCAUAGUGCUCAAUCGAGUCUGUCCCCGGAUGCUGGUGUUCUGCCCCGUGAACAUACUGAUGGCCGCAGCUUAUCAGCAGUACUUAUUUGUAACACGCUAUCGCUAAGUUUGGCUGUUCUAAUUCGCUUUUUUUUUUUUUUAUUAGGGCUUGCAUUGUCUGUCCUCUGUAGUUGUGGGUCUCUCUUGCCAGUUGUCGUUUCUCAGCUGAGGAAAGGGGUAAAUUGUUAGAGAAGAAUUAGCCAGGCUCCAUCUCCUGCCCUCCUGACUUUCAGCAUUCAGGUCACACAGGGGCCAGUUAGUGACCGUUUACUCAUGCUUGGUGCACCUGGUAGACCCAAUGAAGAUAAUGUACCUUUGGAAUCAGCAGUCAAUCUGUCGGAUAUUGCACUGAAAGGAAUCAGAGAUGUAGAUAUGAGUGUGUGAAUGUUGACAAAUGGGGGAUAACCUGUGGAUGAUGGCUAGUAUCUAACUUGUUGUCUAGUGUAUUCCUGAGCUAGUUUCUGCCAUUUUGAGGUUGCACGGACAUACACGCACACUAGCGCUUGAUGCAGGCCAAAUUUAGGGCUGGAAUUGGAGGCCAUUGUCCGCAGCGUCUGAGGGAUCGUGGCUUGCCAGCCUCCUGCAGCACACCUUCAACUGUGUACUUAAUAGAUUUGGCUUCAGAUAGUUUGAUGGGUAGUGGUGUUUGUUGUUUUUCAUUUCUUGAAAAUUGAUGCACCUUUAACAGUACUAAAGAGUCCCCAUAAGAGAAGAAGCCUGACAAAUCAGCACUCCGUUAAAAGUGGCUAAAAGGGUCUUUUAGAUUUACUUUGUGUGUGUAGAGAGGUUACAUAUUUUUAAUAAUCAAAGCAAUUAUAUUACCAGAUGGUAAAAUAGCUUAUCCAAUGGUAUUGUUUAGUUAAAUAGGGUCUUUCAGCAGAAGCACAAUUGUUUUCAAGAAUGGUAGCUUUACGCCCCUGACAAAGUUAGGAAUACAAGGAGAAUAUUUUGGGUCUGAAGUCGAGCAGAUGGAGGAGAGGUAGGAUCUAAUUUGUGAGAUCAGUGUAAGUGUUUAACAUCUGAAUUGUGCUUCUCUUGAGAUGCAGGGUCAGUGCUGCAUGUGUGUUUACCUCUGUCUAGGUGCCGGGAGACUUGGUUAGCAGGCAUCUGUGGGUGGAGGCAUCCUCCGCAAUUUUUCCUGCAGGGGAUUGUUGCGCCAUAUCCCAAUUCCCCAUCCCCCAAAAUUUCUUGCUUAACUCCCAUCUUUGGUCUUGUUUUGGCCUGGUGUGGGUUCUUCAAGAAAAAGCUAUGCAGUGGUGUGUGCAUGCUUUUUGUCUCCAUAUAUCUCUGUGUGUGCGUGCAUGUCGUAUCUUUGAAUGAUCAUGUAAUUGGUAAAGGCUACCUCUGGAAUGAGGGUUUUAAGAAUGAGGGUUUUACCUAUAUCAUAGCACCAUGAGGGUAGUUUUCUAGGUGACAUCCAAGCUCGCUGUGGGGUUUUCAGUGUCCAUCAGCAGAAAUUGGCUGUACAGCACAUAGGUGCACUGUACUCGCUACAGUAAGACAUAUCAUAGACAGACACGGGCAACACAGGCUGCCUUUUAGAGCCAACGUUGGUGCUGAAAGCAGCCAAUACAGUUGUACUUCUUAUAGGUCUCUACGAUUUUUUAUUUUUUUUUUUUGUGCAAGGAUCUCAUAGAAGCAUGUUUCUUUUUUUGGUCUGUUGCCUGUGCAUUUUCUUGUUGUUUGGAGAGUCACUGCCAAUGGGGAAUCUUUGAAGCAGUUUUUAGCUACAUUUUGAGUCCUGUAGUUGACUGCAGACUGGUGGCUGUGUAAUAUCAAUAUAAUUCCCAGGCAGACUAAAAACAACUUCACAUGUUUCCUCAGUGGUGUCUACUUAUCUAGAAGGUUUCUAAUCCAGUCAUCUGCAGUGGAGCUGUUUGCCUGUAUAAAUCCAUGGAUUGUAUAGUAUAUGUAGUGUUACCUUAUCAGCAUUUCCUUAUUAUAGACCUUUAUUUUCUUGUCGUGAUUUUACAGGUUAUACAGCAGCCCAUUUCUGUUAAGCAGAGGAUAAUGUCAAGGCCUGGCUUGACAGCCAUGUCUCUGGGGAACAGUCCUCCACUGGAAUAUGGGUGGUUUCCUCUGCCUGUUAGUCCUGUGUGAGAAAAGUUAAAAAUACCAUCGAUGCAACUGGUGGCUUAUACAAACAUGUAUGUACAAAAAUUCGAUAUGUACACCAUUUUUUUGACAACGGUAGAGUCAGGCUCAAUCCAGAUUUUAAAAAUGACACAAGAUAUGCAUAUUUUCACAUUUGCACUAUUAAAUACUGCUGGUGUAUUUUUAUUUUGGUAAUAAACUGCGUGUAGGAUAUCAUACAGAUAAAGCAAGGACUUUUGAGGUGCAGUGUCUGAAGACCCCAGAGUCUUGAGACCAUAGUUUUUCCCUAGACAUGGCAAACAAAACAAUCUGCACAGAUCCCCUUGUGGUACUUUUGUUUUCUCUGUAACCCUAAGAUUUAACAAGCAGAACGAAUGUAUUAAUGAAGCCGGACUUCUUAUGAACGUGGGACAGUCUGCAUGCAUACCUGCACAGGAAGAGAUGAGCUGUUAUCCUUGGAGAACACACUUAGUUUUUUUUUUUUUUUUAGGCAAAGCGACGUUAAACAUUUGCCACCUUUUAUUCCUGGUUCCAUUGAAUUGAGCUGGUUAACUAUUAAAUAAUAUUUAGGAUUUGCUUUUCAAGCUGUAAGAAGCUAUGACUUUUGAGGAGAAAAAAUAUCAGUGUGAGUAUUCAUUUGAUCAAAAACCCUUGCAUAGGUUGAACCGUUUUCUGCAACUUGGCACGUUUCACAAGUGCACUGAACAGAGGUUAGGCGCCAUAAGUCUGACAUCAGAAGGAGUCUGAGGUGCUUAGUUUUCCAAAAACUGCAAUACUACCUAAUGUCCUACAACAUAAGUACAAUAGCUGUGUAACUCUCUUCUUGGUAAUCACGAUGCAUGUUAGGAACAUGAAGUCACCUUUGUUUUGUCUGAGUUUUUGUUAGAUUUGGUGGCUGAGACAUUCUCUGAAAUGUGGGUCGUUUGCUCACAAAAGAUAGUUGUAUAAAAGCGCAGGGCAUGUAAUCACAAAUGGAGUUUGUCGGUGAAUAACAUUUGUGAUCUUUUUCUUUGGAAUGCCAGCCAGCAGUUGUUUUGCCAGGACUGACCCAUUGUUUAAUCUCUCUUCUGCGUAUUUGUUGGUUGGUAUACCGAAAGCUCACAAAACAAUGGAAUUACUAUAGGACUGUACAAUAAGCAACUGAUGCCAUAUUAACUUAAGUGCAUAACAAAAGCAUGCAAGACUGAAACAGGUAUUUCCUACCUUUUCCCUUUUGUUUGAGGCAUUAAGAGCUUCAGAAUAACCUGGCUUUUUAUACCAACUUGGAUCUACCUCAGAAUGAAGUCGGGUGCUAGAAUUGUAAUCCCUAAUUUAUGAUUGAAAAAAAUCGAUAGUGACCAAACAGCAGUCAAUACUGUGUAUUUUUUUUUUCUUUUCUAAACAAUUUGUAAUUAUGGACUAACUUGAGGGAUGUUUUAUGUAACAAGAGUUUGGGGGACCAAUUUUGUAAUUGGAAAUCAGGUGUGAAAUAUUACAUCUUGCAUUGUACAUUAUUUGUAUGCAUGUCGUCCCUUUUUAAAAUGUAGUAAAUGCAUUUACACUGUCUGUGACUCAACAGGAUUCAAAUACAGCUCUGGAAAAAAUUAAGAGGCCACAACAAAAUUUUCAGUUUCACUCAUUUUUCAAUCUAUGCGUAUGUACCUAAUAUAAAAUAUACAUUUUUUUUUUUUUUGAAAACUGCAGCCUGGCUCUUCUCGUUGUUGAAGGGGUUCUUCCCUACUUUAUGGGUCUGCACUCCUGCUUCUUGGAGCCUGAUAUAAACUGUCCUUGCAGUGCACUUCACACCAUUUAAUGUUUUCCAUUCUUUUUGAUGGUCACUUGAGGUGGUGAUCCUCCGAUUUUGAGGCACAGCCGGAUAAGGUGACUGUCAUCUCUGGCAUUAGAAAGUUGCUUCUGCCCUUUACGUGGCAGAUUUUUGGUUAUUGCCAGUGUUUCAUAUUCACCUUGUUCUUGUGUGCUGUUGUCUUAGAAACUUUGAGCCUGGAAGCAGCCUGCCUUGCAGUGUAGCCUGCAGUGAACCAGGGUUAAACCAGGGUUUAUAAAGGCAGAUUUUUUUUUUUUUUUUAAAUAGUGAACUCAUGUUUUUUCCAGAGCUGUAUACUGCAAUAUAAGCUUUUCUGUGGGGAGAGGAUAUUCAGAUGCAGAUUUUUUUUCCAAUUUUAAUUGCUGUACAGAAAUCCAGGAGCUGACACUGAGCAAUAAUGGUCAAGAAUUCUGAUUUCAACAUUUGCACAGUUCUGAUGUUUCCCCUACACAAAACUCGCCUAAUAACACUGGUGACUGCUGAUAUUAGUGGGGGCAUUCUUAGGUUCUAGAUUCCUAGAGCUGUAAAUUUUGAUCGCCAUUGUGGAUUGUAAGCUGCCAAAGGGUCGUUAUCAACAUAUCAACUUCGGAUCUGCCUAGUUUGUGAUACUGUGCAGAGGAGCAGUUGGAGUGAUUACCAUAUAUAAGCACCUAUUGGAAAAAUAGUGACAUGCUUUCCUGUAAGAACAGACAUUAAAUCUGUUGAUCUCAGUUAUUAUGGGUUACUGAACAUGCUGGGUUCUCCCUCGUUGCAGUGAAACAGGCUACAUUUACCUCCAGCUUAAAUCAUUUUUGCAUGUUCUUUAAACAGAAAAUGAGUGUAACAAGUGUAAGAUUAAUUUUUUUAAUGUAGUUAUUUACUACAUUUUAUAAAGGGAACAAAGAUUUGGUGUUUUAUGACUUAUGGGUGGUAUAUUUCAAUAACUCAAGAGACUUUGAUUACUUAAUGAAAAUGUACUAAGUUUGUGUGGGAAUUGAGAACAAGUAUGUCAUCCAUCUUAUUUCAGCUGGAAACAUCCCUUGUGUUACGUGUGCCUUUACCACUCUUCCAGUCAUUUUAAUGGGUAUUCUACUAUGACUUGCAGCACCACAUUCAAGAAUAUGUACAUUGAUUAUCAUGCAACCUUCUUAAUAUGCUGCAUUGAAUGAUCAGUAUUUGUGUUUUGCACUUUCAGCGCAGUUACAAAAUUGCCCAAUAAGCCGGGCAAGUAAAGACGAGGUAUUUUAUGCUAACAAAGGAGAUAUAAGGAAUACUAUGACUUUGGAGACAUUUUCUAGAGACUUUAAAUGAAGUACCUCAUAAGCCUGAUGUAUGCUGCAUUUUUAAAAAUUUAUCCCCCCCCCCCCCCCCCCCAUGUAUUGCCAGGUUUGAUGUUCACACAAGACUGUAAGUUUUGCCUUUUUGGAAGCAUGUUGCUUAUUAGUAAACACAUGCCACAGCUGUACUAUUCAAAAUGCUUUUAUAGAUAGGCUUUGGCUCAUAGUCUGGCUCUUUGGUGUCAGGUAGAUGUACAGUUGCCUGCAAACUCUGUUCGCCAUAAAGGCACAUGCACCUUAAAUGCUAAAGAUACUCAUAGUGACACUUAUUGUCCUUUGUACAAAAUUUAGACUAUCCUGUCAAUGUGACUGUUGACUCAGGUAUCAACAUUAAAGGGCUUUAACUGUAGGUCCUCUUUGUCCCUGACUUGUUUCUUAAGUAGCCUUGGAUUUCUGGGAAACAAUUUGACAGAUUGGCCUGAAAGAGAUUCUCCAGUAUAACCCACAGAAAGCAGAUGGGCUUGAGUUUUAUUGUGCACUACAGAUACCAAGUGGAGUCACGCCAUGUGCUUUAGUCACGUCUACCUCCCUUUAACUGUUGUGGCUUGUGGCUAGAAUAUAACAGGAAUAUCACUUUCCAUUCUGGAUACAUGCUGGUUUGUGAAUAAUCCCUCACCAUUUGGAAUUGAGGUACUUUUACUAUAGAAAAGGUAACUUUUAAAGAUUAGCCUUGAAUUAGUCUUUCAGACACCAAAUCUUCACUUUUUUUUCCAUUUUUUCUGCUUAUUGAAAUUGUUUCAAAGGAAAAACCUCGUGUGUCAUGGGAGAUCAAAGUGACCAAAGUUUUUAAAAGCAGGGCAAACUGCAGUUGUGUGAACAUAAGCCACCUUUUUACAUUUUGAUCCAUUAUUUUAUUUUCUCUCUGCCACAUGCCAAAAUGGUCAUUCCUGUUAUGGUGAAGUCUUUUGUUGUGUUUCUAAAUUCACUGCUAAGCUCAUUGUUGUUGUAAAGUGAAAGUAAGUAUUGAUUUUAUUUUUUUUUUCCUUUUAACAAUAAAUACAACUCAGAUAUGCUGUAAAACCUGUUAGGACAUAAUGUGAAAAUGUAUCACUUUAUGAAAUUUAUAAUGUAGUUCACACUUUGGGCUUGACUGUAUAUUGCAUUAAUAAAAUUUAAAACCUAUCCUUAUGUGGUAAGUUUUCUUGCAUUGGUAGUUAUGAUGUAUAUUGCACUAUUUUAAUGUGAAGAAAUUCAGAUUUUUAAACUUCUACAGAGGUACGCAUUUUAUUGGUUAAGUGAAUUUGUCUACUGUGGUUACUCCAAAAUAUUCAUUCUACCUUCUACAGAAAACAUUUCUUUGGUUUAUGUCUACUGAUUUUGCUACCUGUGUAGGACUUAGCAGGUACCUAACCUUGCAGUCACUUGACUUGCAAAUAUAUAUUUAACAGCCUGCUUCAAACGCAUACAUGGAUACAUAUUAUGGGGUUGGCGGGAUUUUAACUGGAGCAAGAAUAUUUCAUCAAGACAAAAAGCAUGAAGCCAGUGCUAUAAAGGAGUGGCUCCGUUAAUGAAAUAUCCAUGCAGUGUCACCAAUGGAGGGCUGCACCAAACCUGGCAUGGAACGUGGGUAACAACACAACACAAAGCCGCUGUGAGUAAGCCUUGUUACCUAGAAGGUGGCUGAAAUUGCUAACAAAUAUGCUUCCAUAAAAUAGUUAUGGGUGUGAACGCUUACACAACCUGCGUUUUGCUCUAAGUAACAUUAAAUGUGAGCCAAAUGUAAUUUUGCAGUCGAUAUAAAGUUAGCAAUUAAAAAAUCCACCAGCAGUUAGCAAUUAUGGACCAUAUUUUUCGUUUUGAGAAACUCCGAUGUUUUCGUUGUGUUCCGAAGAAACGCUCGUUGUUCAGACCUCAAAUAAAACGGAGUAAAAACGAAGACUAAAAACUUUACUGAUACAUGCAUACAAUUAUUUAUACGUUUACUUCAGAAGAAAAACAAUCCCUUUGGCAAACGCAGCCAUGUUUGCGUAUUCUGUCUACAACUGAAUCGCUGUUAAGCGAAGAACUUUGCUAGCCAACAGCAACCUUCAAUUUUAUUAAUGUAGUAAAUGGUGAAAAAGAGGUUGAUUGAUGCUUAUAUUUAACUUUUUGGCAGUUUUAACAAACAGAAAAGCUUCGCUUUUUUUAUUGUCAUAUAUUUUUAGUCAGUGGUCAUUGCAUGUAGACAUAUUGGCGAUGGACCUGCGCUGACCGUUUCCCGUAGCCGAAGGCAUCAGAUAGCGAGUCAGAGUUUCCAGUGUCUCAUCGGCGCAUGUGACUCAGCUCAGCCGCCUCUCUCGGUUCCGAACGCUGCCUAAGGACAGAAUGGGGUGUACGUGGCUGCAUAGCUGCCUCCUGCUGCCUGUGUUGUGUCUGGCGGUUGCGGUGGACAUUGAGCUGGAGCUGGGGACUGACAGGGACUGGGACUGGGAUUGGGGCUCUGGCCUGCAGGAGCUCCUCCACAGCUUUCCGGCCGACAGCCCCUUUGUCACCGAGACUGCAGACAGGCCGGCCAACUGCUCCCAGCGCUUCUGGCUGCCGCCAUCAUCCCCCAUCUGCUGGGAUAAUAUUGUGGGUCCGGAGGAGUUCGAGCAGUCACGCCUCCUUGCGCUCCAGAACCGGGCUGCCCUCCGGGCCGUAGCCGAAGCUAGCGGGGUGGCCGAGGGAGGCGUCUCCUACAACCAGCAGGCCAGGGAGGACCAGCAGGGCUUCCGGGCAGACCAGCUCAGCUUCGAGCAGACGGCUGGAACCAUGCAAAAUGUUUUUCUCUCUCUAGAAGAAAAAAGGCGAGACGGCACAGAACUCUGGACCUUCUCGAGUUUAAAGGAGCAACUUGGUACAACAAAGGAUUCCAUCCAUAGCAGACAGCAUCUGACAGACCUUCUGGAGAAACAAGUGAAUCACCUGGAAAGGUUGCUGAACACCCUGCAGCUUCGACUUGCAAAGUUACUGGCACAGUGACUACACACUGCUACUAGGUAGAUGUUAUGCUCAAUUGUGUACAGGUGCAUGCACAGCACAUGGCAGCCUAGCUUAUAUCCCUGCCCCACAAAAACAAGCAUGAGAACCAUUGUUAUCAAUCUGUAUGUUUGCCUUUGGCCUGUAGAGGCACUAUUUUCGCAGCACAACCUUCUACUGUACCACUUAUAAUAAAAUCUAUUUUUGUGACUUCAGCUUUCUUAUUAACCAAUUGCAUAUUCGGCUUUGAAGCUUCUGAACACAAUGGCAGGAAGCAGGGAAACUGCAAUCUACCUAGUAACAUCCAUCCCAUCUUGUUUCUGUACCCAUUUGUCCUGCAUGCAGUGUUGUGGGGGCUGCCUGGUAACUGCUCUCUUAAAAUGUCCUGCCCCCCAGACUAUUUUUGGACACUAAAAUUACGUUUUCUGUGACAGUCAUGAUGACUGAAACGCUGACUAGCCUUAAAAAGAGUACAAAUUACACACCAAAUUACACCUAAUAUUUUAUUACAAAGUUGUUAGAAGAAAUGUCAUAAAAUAUGGUUUAAAAGACAUUGUACUAAACGUGGCUGCACAAAUGACUACAUCUAGGAACAAAACAGCUUGAGAUGAGCAAUUCACAAAUUCUUUAGGUUAAUGGCUCAAACACCAAGUCAUGCAUAAAAUGUUGGGGUUUUAAGCAUGCAAGGAAUUCAAUUUCAAAAUAUUCUUUAGCCCUUUUGUUUAAAAGCUGGUCACUGUUUUAUGACAUCAGGCUGUCAACUGAUGUGUGGGAUGCAUGGGGAUUUAAAAUGACAUUGUUAGGAUGUUUUAUAGGUUUGUACUUAUUUUGCUUUACCAUUUUCCAGUUGUAUGUAACAUUUCUUAUGCUAUUAAUACAAUUGUUUUGUCAUCUUA